AUGAUUGAAAUUCCGUCUUAUCUACUAAAACUGCGUUAUGGGGCCGUUGCACAGCGGACACUUCAACAGAUACGCUCAUCUGAGCAACCAAAGUCCAAGGAUGAUGUUCGCAAUGCCAUGGUAAGCCAACUCUCCACUAUUGGGAUAAUUGGGUCCAAUCCAGUCAUGUUUAGCAAGAAUGAGGAUUAUAUCGAUAAGUUGGUGGAAAUCUUCAAGAAUAAGGGACCUGCAAAAGCGAGUGCAAUGGUUACUGAUGAGUUUGUCAAUGACGAGACCGAGACGGAUGAGCUUGUGACGGAAGUUGACGAUAGCAGCGUUGGCAAAUCUCCCUCUGCUGCAUUGAAAGUCGAACCUCUAGAUAGUUCGGCUACUUCUAUUGACUGCCAAUCUCUCCCAUCUCGAUGGAUCACUCCAAAGGAAUGCCAGUUUGAGCUUUCGCUAGACGGUUUGGAGAUCUCGACCAAGAAUCCCACCAAAUCCGUGUCCUCCACUUCCUCAAUAACGGUUAAUCUUCCUCAUCACGGUCGUUCCAGCAUAUUCUCGACAAAAGCCGAUUUUAGCGUGCAUGAAACGAUCGGCAUAUACUAUUAUGAGGUGGAGAUUCUUUUUGGCCUAAACUCGGGGUCGGAGAUAACAAUAGGAUACAUGGAUGGAGAUCAACCAGAGGAAAUCAUCAGCUCUUUGAGGGGCCACGACGAGAACGCAUGGGGAUACAAAGGCAAAGACGGAAAGCUAAUAAGCUUUGAGGAGUGUAGAUCCAGCGUUCGUACCUCGUGCAAAUUUGGCAAUAAAGAUGUCGUUGGAUGCGGAGUGAACUUCGUCAAUCGCUCGAUUUUUAUCACCAAGAAUGGUGUAUUCCUUGGUGAAGCCUUUUCUUUGCCAUCGAACAUGAAACGAGUCGUGCCAGUGGUGAGUCUGGGAUCAUGGAACUCGAUUUCAACCAAUUUCGGCCAUACCAAAAGCUUCAGGUUCAACAUUGACAACUAUGUCGACUCAUUCAAGUUACGGUUUCUAAAGACAAUCAAUAACUAUAAAAUACCCCCGGUGACACUAGACAACGGCACAGAAAUUAAGGACUCCAACGAUAUGAAGAACUCGCUUAACCAGAUGAUUAAAAAGUACUUUGAGCAUAGAGGGUAUGCAAACGCGCUCAAGUCAUUUGAGAAGGAUUUGAGUUUUGAAGGCCAUACAGAGCCACCAUUUCCUAUAAGACGGGAAAGCUAUAUCAAGAAACAGCUCAAGGAUUUGAUUUCAAGCAAUGAAAUCGAUUCAGCCACGGAGUUGGUUAAUUCCAAUUUCCCUGGUCUGCUCGAAGACAAUACAGAUAUACAGUUUAAACUAGACUGCCUUAAACUGGUGAACAUGGUCGGUAAUGAUAGUGAAGAACAAUUUAUUAAACUUGCUAAACAAAUGAAGUCGGCUUACACUUCGGAACAAUAUCAAAAAAUACUUAACGAUCUUUUGGGGUUGCUUGCAUACGAUGACCCGACUGCCACUGCGUUGUACAAAUCAUUCGUGAACUUCGAACGGGCUAGAUUGGUGCACAAGCUCUGCAUGUUGAUCAAUAUGAAAAGUGGCAUUCCGGCAUUAUCAAAUUUUGAACAGCUAAUUCACGCCGCAGACUCCAUGGUCGCUGAGAGCAACGAUCUCAAUACGGCACUGAUAGACGUAGUAAAUGAUUUUGUCCAGAUAUGA